AUGCACGUGGUUUUGCUCAUUUUGGAGCAAUCAUUCCUAACUUAUUCAAAAUAUAAAAGAAGUCAAAUUAUGUUGCAAAUAUUUCUAUUUGGAGCAAUUCCUGGAUUGAUGAGUUAUUUAUUGAUUGAAUGCUCAAAGAAGAAAAAAGUGGCGGCGGAUUCUGUGAAGAAAGAUACAACAACAACUUUGAAGCAAAACGAAACUGUGAAAUUCGAAAAAGAAGUACCAAUCAAAUUAUAUCGAAAUGAGAAGAUAAAUCCGAUACCACCAGAAACUCAUGUGAAAAAUGUUCAAAUAUUGAAAGAUGAGUGUUAUCUUAUUGAGAAAUAUGCAAGAAGAGAUUUCGAUGAUUUUGAAAUCAGAAGAGGCUUCGAAUAUGCCUCAUUUUAUGCUUUCAACGCGAAUCCAACUUUGAACCGUUAUAGUAAGCCAAAAUGUAAGGAUAGUUCUCGAGUUAUUCUAGAAAAUCGAAAAAAUGAUUAUAUCAAUGCGUCUUGGGUAGUUUGUGAUCACGAAGAGUAUCGAGGAAAGAAUAUCUUGACUCAGGGUCCACUUAAAGAAACAAUUCCUGAUUUUUGGGCGAUGAUUUAUCAAGAAAAUGUUGAAUAUAUUGUGAUGUUUUGCUCAUUUAUUGAAAAUGGAGUUGAACAAAGUGCACAAUAUUAUCCAAUUGAAGAAGGAAGCGAGAAAUAUGAUAAUUUCGAGGUGAAACAUGUGAGAAAAGAGAAAGAUCCGAUUGAAGGUGUAACAUGGACUGUUUUACAUUUGAUUAACACUACUGGAAAUGAUAGAAGACCAAGAAGAGUCAAUCAUAUUAAUGUGACUUGGUGGCCAGAAAAAACAACACCAGAUGACACCAAAUUGACACUUGAAUUAUAUAAAUGGUUGAUGAAAAAGAAUCAAUCACAUAUUCCAAUGGUUUUUCAUUGUAAUAAUGGAAUCGGAAGAUCUGCCACAUUUAUGGCUAUUUAUUUUUUCACUCACAUUGAUAUUUCCACCUGGACUUUUAACAAAUAUCGUAUUGCUGGUAAGGGAGGAAAAAAGCACAAAGGGAUUGAAAUAAUUCAAUAAUUUUCAGAUUUUUUUGUAAACAAUUAUUUCCAAGCUCUUCAACGUUAUCGAAAUGGCGCCAUCGAAUCACCUAUCCAAUAUUGUUUUUUUAUGUGUUGUCUUUAUGAAUUCUACAUUCAAGAAGGUCGAUACGAAAAAACUAAAAGAACGGACAAAUUGAUGGCGGAUUAUAAAAUAUAUGCGGGAAAAGUUCGAGACUUGGUCAAUGCUGGAGAAGUAGUUACCAUCGCAAAGAUUCGUCGACCAAAAAGAGUAAGGGAUGGUUCUUGGUAUGCUCCAAUGUCUGAUGAUUCUCUUGAUGAUUGA